AUGAACAAUUACAAUUUAUCACCAUCAAAAUCCCAAGAUAAAACCAAAAAAAACUCACUGGUCUCUGCAGCUGCUAGCCGUCCAUUCGAAAACACGGUCGCACUUCCAAACUCGUUUCCAGCACCUCCACCACCACCGGCACGUCUCGACGAUCCUCCGUUUCCAGACGAUCCACCGGACGCAGCGUUCCCCAUUUCUGUGGAUAAACUUAGUUAG